AUGCGGCUGGGCCCGAGGCCCGCGGCGCUGGGGCUGCUGCUGCUGUGCGCCGCGGCGGCCGGCGCGGGGGACGCCGAGGACCCGCCGCGCCCGCAGGGCCAGCACCGCGCCGACUACGACCGCGAGGCGCUGCUCGGCGGCCAGGAAGAAGCGGACGAGUACGUCAAGCUCGCCCCCGAGGAGCAGCAGAGGCGGCUCAAGGCCAUCGUCAGGAGGAUCGACCUGGACGCCGACGGCCUCCUCGCCGAAGGUGAACUCAGCUUAUGGAUUCAGAUGUCUUUCAAGCAUUAUGCUAUGCAAGAAGCAAAACAACAGUUUGUUGAAUAUGAUAAAAACAAUGAUGGUAGCGUGUCAUGGGAUGAAUACAACAUUCAGAUGUACGAUCGUGUGAUCGACUUUGACGAGGACACUGCUCUGGCUGAUGCAGAAGAGGAGUCUUUUAGGCAGCUUCAUUUAAAGGACAAGAAGCGAUUUGAAAAAGCUAACCAGGAUGCCAGUCCUGGUUUGAAUCUUGAAGAAUUUGUUGCUUUUGAACAUCCUGAAGAAAUUGAUUACAUGACGGAGUUUGUCAUUCAAGAGGCUUUAGACGAACAUGACAAAAAUGGUGAUGGAUUUGUUAGUUUGGAAGAAUUUCUUGGUGACUACAGGCGGGAUCCAACAGCAAAUGAAGAUCCAGAGUGGAUACUUGUUGAGAAAGAUCGAUUCCUAAAUGAUUAUGACAAAGAUGCCGAUGGCAAACUUAAUCCCCAAGAGCUGCUGUCUUGGGUGGUACCCAAUAAUCAGGGCAUUGCACAAGAAGAGGCUCUUCAUCUAAUUGAUGAGAUGGAUUUGAAUAGUGACAGAAAACUCUCUGAAGCAGAGAUUCUGGAAAACCAGGACUUGUUUCUUACGAGUGAAGCCACAGAUUAUGGCAGACAGCUUCAUGAUGAAUAUUUUUAUCACGAUGAGCUCUAAUUCAUGGGUAUAUCUGAGUAGAGUACUGGCUUCUUUUAUAAUUUGUUACCAGCUUUACUUUUGUGAUACAACUUUGUGUUAUAUUUUACACUCUUAAGUCUUAUCACAGUCAAAAUUAUCUUAAGGUAGAAUAUAAUUUUGGCCUUUUAGGAAAAACAAAAACCAAAAAACUGAUAAUUUAUUUCAAAACAUCAAAGAGAUAAAACAGUUCUGUGCCAUAUGACAACAGUCUUUCUUAAAUAUUCAUUCUAUUUAGUACUGUAUUGUGGAAUAUAUGAGUUCUAUUUCCAUACUUGAAAAAAUGGAGGAUUUUAGACAUGCCUGAACAAUAUUAUUUAAGUAGUAUGUGACUGCGCUAUUAAUUUUUGUUUAGUUUUAAGUAGACUUAAUUUGGGAACUGACAGAAAGGAAAUUGUUUUUAGAUUUAGCAUUUUGUUUUAAAACCUUAAAAAAGGAACCUUUAGAAGAACUUAUAUCUCACAUAUUAAUGUUGAGAAGUUCUGCUUAAUUUUAAAGUGGUUUCUAUAAAAGGUUUUAUUGUAUGAAAUAGAACUUUAUAUUUUUGCAUAUGUAUAGAUAGUAAUUAUAUUUAAUGUGUAACUAUAGCAUUAUGGUGUGUGGAAUUUGACAUUGUCCAGAAGUCUUUUCAUUUUUGACUGAUUAAAAAUGAAAUGUCCUAUCUUUUUAUAUGUUUGUUUUUUCUUUUUUAAUCUUCCAGAUAAACCAUGAAUUUCACAUAGGUUUUGUUGUGUUAUCCAUUCCUGGUUUCACAUAUAGGAGAAACAUAGGGAGACAAUACAAGGGAUCAAAAAAGGAAAACAACUAUAAAUUGGAGGGAGAGGGAUCAAAAUGGAAGGGAAGAGCAUAAAAGUCUAUGAGGUGGUUCACAGGUAUCUUCGAGGUGGUAAUUUUAUGGGAUUACACCUGAGAGGAGAAAUCAAACAUUGUACAAAAAUGAACAACGAUGUACAAAUAUAUAAAUAAAAAUUUUAA